UAUAUAUUUUUACACAUAAUUAAUUAAUGGCGAUCGAAACCGCUUUUAGGCUUCCUAUUAUUGAUUUUUCAGUUGGAGAGGUACUGAAACCGGGUACACCCGAGUGGAACACCGUAAGGACCCAAGUCCGCCAAGCACUGGAAGAAUUCGGUUGUUUCGAGGCACAGUGUGAUAAAAUUCCAAUAUACAUUCGAAAGGGCUUAUUUGAUGCACUAGAAGAGCUUUUCCAACUUCCUUUACAAACCAAACAACGAAACGUUUCAAAGAUGCCGUUUCAUGGCUAUAUUGGCCAAUCUCAUGCUUUGCCUUUGUACGAGAGCAUGGGAUUCGAUGAGGCCAAUAUCCUUACAAAACUUGAAACUUUGACUACUCUUUUGUGGCCCAAUAAUGGAAACCCAACUUUUUGUGAAACUAUUCAUUCUUAUUCUGAACAAUUAUCUGAGUUGGAUGGAAUGAUAAGAAGGAUGAUUUUAGAGAGUUUGGGAGUUGAGAAAUACUUGGAAGAACACAUGGACUCAACGUACUACCUCCUUCGAUUGAUGAAAUAUAAGGGCCCAUUAGGCCCAGCUGAUCAUGAUGAAACCAGCAAGCGGCAGCUGGGCUUGAAAGCCCACAAAGAUAAAAACAUGGUUACCAUUUUGUAUCAGAACCAAAUUGAAGGGUUAGAGGUUCAAACUAAAAAUGAAGAUUGGGUUUCCAUCAAACCCUCUUCUUCAGACUCUUUCAUCGUUAUGAUUGGAGAAUCCCUCCACGCUUGGGCUAAUGGUGGAGUACAUGCCCCAAAUCAUAGAGUAAUGAUGAGAGGAAAGGAGGAAAGGUAUUCGGUGGCAUUGUUUUCGAUGCCAAAAGCAGGUUACAUAGUCAAAGCCCCAGAAGAGCUUGUGGAUGAAGACCAUCCUUUGCUGUUCAAACCCUUUGACCUUGCUCAAUUCCUUCACUUCUAUCAUUACCAGCCACCUAAAAAACCUUCAUCUGAUCUUAGCUACUACUGUGGCCUCUGACCAUUUUCCAUAUAGGAUUGCUAUUUGAUAUUUAAGAUGUUCAACACUAUACCGAUUUAGCCCUUUAUAAUUAUUUAUCAGUUUUUCAUAUUAUUAAUU